UAUGGUCCAAAUGUCGCACACCUUGUCUGCUACCGAGGUUGAGCAAGGGAUGACCCGACAUACCCUGAGCGUGCACCAGGACCUAGAGGAGUCGGACCGAAACAUCCAGGUCAGCCUCGAUGACCACGAACUGUGGACCAAGUUCCAGUGCCUCACAAAUGAAAUGAUCGUCACCAAAAACGGAAGGCGCAUGUUUCCCGUCGUAAAAGUGAGCGUCUCUUGCUUGGUCCCAACCGCCAUGUACUCAAUUUUGCUGGAAUUUGUGCAAAUUGACACGCACCGCUGGAAAUACGUCAACGGUGAGUGGGUGCCAGGCGGGAAAGCUGAAGUCGCGCCGACAAACCCAAUCUACAUUCAUCCCGAGUCGCCGAAUUUCGGCGCUCACUGGAUGCGAGAGCCCGUGUCAUUUGCAAAAGUCAAGCUGACCAACAAGAGCAAUGGCAACGGACAGCAGAUCAUGUUGAAUUCACUUCACAAAUACGAGCCCCGCGUCCACAUAGUGAGGGUAGGGUCCGAGCACCGCAGAGUGGUCUCGUACCCGUUUCCCGAGACACAAUUCAUCGCGGUCACGGCCUAUCAAAACGAGGAGGUGACCUCACUCAAAAUCAAAUACAACCCUUUUGCCAAAGCGUUUCUGGACGCAAAGGAGAGGCCUGAGGGCAGCAUCAACAACAAUUCCAGCCCCGGCGGCAUUUUCCACCGUUCCUCCAGCAGUCAAAGGUCGGAGCACGCACCCUACCACCACCAGCCGCAGCAUCCCCAAUACGGCGCGUGGCUCCUUCCACAGAGCAUGUACCACAGUCCUCCACACCACCCCGGACUUGUUCCCACCGGGCUGGGCUCACCAGGUCAGGAGCGGUAUUCACCAGGUUCCCUACACAGACAUCGCCAAAGUCCUUAUGUACUGCCUUCCAGAUCAACUAGACAGUCUCCGCCUCAAUCAGGAUCGUAUUGUCCAGAGGGUGCCGAGUGCGAACCGGACCACCUGCUGAUUUCCGGCCCGUCCGCCACGCAGAUUUCGUGGCACUCGAUGGUAUCGUCGAUGCACCCCGAGAGUGGCAGCAGUGCUGUGAGUUGGUCCAACAUCUCGCCCAUUCCGUGCAACACGUCGCCGUCGAUUUUCAACGGAAUGGUGUCGCCGUCGGUGGUGUGGGCCAGCGGCACCACCCCCACGGAGACGACCGCCAGCAGGGUCGGUCCCACGGCUCACCACCAGUCCUCCUACUCGCACCACUUCCCCCUUGUCGAGUUCAGUCCGCACCACCUGCACCACCACCCGGCUGCAGUCAUGAUGACCUCACCCCUCCUCUCGGUCGAGUACCCUUCCGAGGGCAGUCCCUCCAACCCCCUCUCAGUGCCGCCGCACCACGAGCCCUUGGCCAAGUCAGAAACUCAUUCGGCGGCGUACAGCGAGGAGGAGAGCAACUCCAGGGGCGACUGGAGCUCAGUGACUCCUCUCACCGGAAUUUGAUGUGGUUUUAAUUCGGCACUAAAUAAUUAUGCCAUAGUGAGUGAGUUGAGACUAGGGGUACAUUUCGAGCAUUUAAUUCCAAGCUAUCGGUUUUCCACGUCAGAUGUAAAAUGUUUGUUGCAAGGCACUUUUUUAUUUCAAAUUGGUCUGCAGAACUUUUUAAUCAAAAUUUGAGAUUUCAAUUACCCUAAUCCAUUUUGAGAAUUUCGCUUCCCAAUUUAGAGCCCCGGAUAUCAAUUUGCUGGACCAAAUUUCUUUGAAAUAUAACGUGGUUUACAACUUUGUAUUUAACUGGGAGGAAAACCUUCAAAUUGGUUCAAUUUUGUACGCGAAAUACAAAUGAAUUUUGUUUACAGCACCGUGAACAAAUCUUAAAUUUUUAUGCUAUGAGACCGAAUUUUUGUGUGAUUAAAACUGCCCAUAAUAGAUGAGCGACCUUUUGGAUAGCUCAGAACCCUAGUAAUGAUUGUACACUGUAGUUUGAAAGAAGUAAUUGUUUUAUUACUUUGAAGUUUUGUCUGAAUAUUGCAAAAUAUAGCUGUAUAUUUUACUUUAAAUCUGUUAUUUUCUUUCAAAGAACAACAAC